CGCGCCUGGCGCCGCCUCUUCGCUUACGCCUGCCUGCUGCGCGCGCUCUGCCUGUGCCGGGCGCGGGGGCCCUGCGCCGAGGCCCUGCGCGCCUGCGACAUGGGGCUGCUGCUGGGCGCGCCUGGCCCCGAACUGCCCCGCCUGGCCGCGCUGCUGCAGCGCCUGCUGCCCGCCCCGGAGGCCCCGCCCCGCAAGAAGCCGCGCACGGAGCGCCCGCCGGCCCAGCAACAGGAGGAGGAGGAGGGAGCGGCGGCGGCGGAGGGCGCGCCGGUGACUCGAGCGCGGCGCCCGUCCCUGCAGCUCUUCCGCGAGCGCUUCCUGCUGCCCGGGGCGCCGCUGGUCCUGGAGGGCGUGGUGGAGCACUGGCCCUGCCUGCGCAAGUGGAGCGUGGAUUACCUGCUGCAGUUGGCCGGCAACCGCACCGUCCCUGUGGAGCUGGGCGCUCGCUACACCGACCAGGAUUGGUCCCAAAAUCUCAUGACGGUGGCAGAGUUCAUCAGGCAGUUCGUCGAGCAGGCGAAUCCCAAGGGAUACCUUGCUCAGCACCAGCUUUUUGACCAGAUCCCAGAGCUGAAGGAAGACAUUGGCAUCCCGGACUAUUGUUGCCUGGGCAAAAAUGAGGAAGAAGAGAUCACCAUCAAUGCCUGGUUUGGCCCAUCAGGGACCAUCUCACCUCUCCACCAGGAUCCGCAACAAAAUUUCUUGGUCCAGGUGAUGGGACGGAAGUACGUCCGCCUAUUCUCUCCUGAUCAGUCUGAAAAACUGUAUCCACACGAAGGGCACCUUCUUCACAACACCAGCCAGGUCGAUGUGGAACACCCUGACUUAGAGAAGUUUCCUAACUUCAAGGCAGCUGCAUUUCAAGACUGUAUCUUGAGCCCUGGAGAGGUCCUGUUUAUCCCAGCUAGUUACUGGCAUUAUGUUCGAGCCCUGGACACGAGCUUCUCUGUUAGCUUCUGGUGGUCCUAGUUUAUGCUGAGAACAGAAGAACCAGAUCAAGAGGAACCAA